AUGGCGGCGGCGGCGGCCGUCUCCCCGCCGCCCCCGUCGCGCGGUACCGAGGUGAGCCUGGCCGGGGGGGGCGGCGGCGGCGGCGGCGGCGGCGGGCGCGUGGCGGUGCGGCUGCGGGCGGCGGGGCGCGGGCGGCGGGCGCGGGCGGCGGCGGCGCUGGGCCCGGGGCUGGGGCUGGGGCUGGGGGCCGGGCGGGCGCCGCAGCUCUUCGAGCGCGCCUCGCCGCGUUGGUGGGACCCGCGCUUCGACUCGAGCAACCUGGAACAGGCCUGCCGCGAGCGCCGCUUCCCGCAGACGCGGCGCCGGCUCCGCUACGCGCUCUCCUACCUGGGCGCGGCGGCGCUGCUCUGGGGCGCCUUCCUGGGCUGGGGGCGCGGGGGGGGCGGCGCGGCGCGGGCGGGGGCGGCGGCGGGCGGCGCGCUCGCCUUCCUGGGCGCCUGCCUGGCCGCGCUGCUCUUCACCUUCACGCGCGCCUACGGCCGCCACCCGGCCGGCUCGGCGCUGGCGCUGGCGCUGCUGGUGCUGGCCCUCCCGUUGGCCACGCAGCUGCCGGCGGCGUCCGGGCCCGGCGCGGGGGGCAACGGGAGCGCGCGCGCCGCGCCCCCGCCCUGCCUGUCGCCGGUGGGCAGCUUCUCGCUGUGCGUGGAGGCGCUGCUGCUGCUGUACGCCGUGCCGCACCUGCCGCUCUACCUGAGCCUGCUGCUGGGGCUGGGCGGCUCGGUGCUCUUCGAGGCGUUGGGCUACGGCUUCCGCGACGAGCGCUGCUUCGCGCCCCCGCCGGGCCAGCGGCUGGCCCCCUGGGAGCUGCUGGGCAAGGCCCUGCUGCACCUCUGCAUCCACGCCACCGGGGUGCACCUCUUCAUCAUGUCGGAGGUGCGGUCUAGGAGCACCUUCCUCAAGGUGGGGCAGUCCAUCAUGCACGGGAAGGACCUGGAGGUGGAGAAGGCCCUGAAGGAGCGCAUGAUCCACUCGGUCAUGCCCAGGAUCAUCGCGGACGAUCUGAUGAAGCAGGGGGACGACGACAGCGAGAACUCCUCCGUCAAGCGCCACUCCGCCUCCAGCCCCAAAAGCAGGAAGAAGAAACCAUCCAUUCAGAAGACCCCCAUCGUGUUUCGCCCCUUCAAGAUGCAGCAGAUAGAACAAGUCAGUAUUUUGUUCGCCGAUAUCGUAGGCUUUACCAAAAUGAGUGCCAACAAAUCUGCGCACGCCCUGGUGGGGCUUUUGAACGACCUCUUCGGGCGCUUUGAUCACCUCUGCGAGGACACCAAGUGCGAGAAGAUAAGCACCUUGGGGGACUGCUACUACUGUGUGGCAGGGUGUCCUGAGCCCCGAGCAGAUCACGCUUACUGCUGCAUCGAGAUGGGCUUGGGCAUGAUCAAAGCCAUUGAGCAGUUUUGUCAAGAGAAGAAAGAGAUGGUGAAUAUGAGGGUUGGCGUACACACUGGGACGGUCCUUUGUGGCAUUUUGGGAAUGAGGAGGUUUAAGUUUGAUGUCUGGUCCAAUGAUGUCAAUUUGGCCAAUUUAAUGGAACAACUUGGCGUCGCUGGGAAGGUCCACAUUUCAGAGGCUACUGCAAAAUACUUGGAUGAUCGCUACGAAAUGGAGGAUGGAAAGGUGAUGGAGCGCGUGGGCCAGAGCGUGGUAGCAGACCAGCUGAAAGGUUUGAAAACAUACUUGAUCUCUGGUUUGAAAAAGAAGGAGACCCAUUGCAGCUGCUCGGAGAUGCUCCUCCUUCCAGGUCUAGAAGCAGGAGACGGGAAUAAGCCACAGGGAGCUUCAUCAGAGAAUGUGGAUGAUUUAACAAAAGCAUUCAAGUACUUAGAAAAAAAUAAGAUCUGCCAUUCAUGCAGUGUUACAUUUUCUUCUGGCUGUGCUAUGAGUGCAGAGGAAGGAGCCAUUCAGAAUGGAUGCCAGGAGGACCACAAGACCAGCACAAAGAGUCCUGGGGGAGGCAGCCCAAAGUCUCGGAAUGGGCUUCUAAGUCCCCCGCAAGAGGAGAAACUGAGCAACAGCCAAACAUCUCUUUAUGAAAUGUUGCAAGAGAAAGGAAGAUGGGUUGGGGCAAGCUUGGAUCAUUCAGCUCUUCUGCCAUUGCGGUUCAAAAAUAUCAGAGAAAAAACAGAUGCUCACUUUGUUGAUGUUAUUAAAGAAGACAGCUUGAUGAAAGACUAUUUUUUUAAACCACCCAUUAACAAGUUGAGCCUGAACUUCCUUGAUCAUGAUUUGGAGAUGGCCUACCGGAGCAGCUACCAAGAAGAGGUGGUUAGAAGAGUUCCUGUGAAGACCUUCGCCAGUGCUACCUUCAGUUCCCUCUUGGACGUGUGCCUCUCCACCACUGUCUUCCUCAUCCUCUCCAUCGCUUGCUUCCUGAAAUACGGGGUGGUGGCCUCUCCUCUCCCUCCUGCAGCCGUGGCUGUGGCAGUAGUGGCUGUCCUACUUGAGGUGGUCUCUCUUACCAUCUCAAUCAGGAUGGCUUUUUUUCUGGAGGAUAUGAUGGUCUGCACUAAGCGACUCUUGGAAGUGAUUGCCGGGUGGCUGCCCAGACACUUCAUCGGGGCCGUUUUGAUCUCCCUGCCUGCUCUUGCGGUCUUCUCACACUUCACCUCUGAGUUUGGAACUAACCUCUAUUCCACCAUGUUUAUGUGUUCUGCAGUUCUCAUCACAAUAGUCCAGUACUGUAACUUUUGCCAGCUCAGCUCCUGGUUGAGAUCCUCUUUGGCUACCCUUGUGGGAGGGGUCCUCCUCCUCCUCCUGCACCUGCCCUGGUGUUCCGACAGGUGAGCCACAGCAAAUCCAUCACAAUUCUGACGAAGAUCAGGCUGCCAGAACGCCUGCAACAGGUCUGCGUCGGAAGACUUCAGUAGGCCGGCAGAUCUGAUUGGCCUGGAAGUAGUUUUGGGCCUCUUCCUUCUCCUUGUCUUAGUUUGGUUCUUAAAUCGGGAGUUUGAGGUGAGUUACCGUCUCCAUUAUCAUGGAGAUGUGGAAGCUGACCUUCACCGUACCAAGAUUCAAAGCAUGAGGGACCAGGCGGACUGGCUCCUGCGGAACAUCAUUCCCUACCAUGUGGCCGAGCAGCUGAAAGUGUCCCAAAGUUAUUCCAAAAACCACGACAGUGGGGGGGUGAUCUUCGCCAGCAUUGUGAACUUCAGCGAGUUCUAUGAGGAGAAUUACGAAGGAGGCAAGGAAUGUUACCGUGUCCUGAAUGAACUGAUUGGGGAUUUUGAUGAGCUGUUGAGCAAGCCUAAUUACAGCAGCAUUGAGAAAAUAAAAACCAUUGGGGCCACCUACAUGGCUGCUUCUGGGCUGAAUGCUUCCCAGUGCCAGGACAGCAGUAACCCCCAUGCCCAUCUGCAGACGCUUUUUGAAUUUGCCAAAGAAAUGAUGCGAGUGGUUGAUGACUUUAACAACAACAUGCUGUGGUUCAAUUUUAAGCUGAGGAUUGGCUUUAACCAUGGCCCCCUAACAGCUGGUGUCAUUGGCACCACCAAGCUCUUGUACGACAUCUGGGGGGACACUGUGAACAUAGCAAGCAGGAUGGACACUACAGGAGUCGAGUGCCGGAUCCAGGUGAGCGAGGAGAGUUACCGCAUUCUUCACAAAAUGGGCUAUGACUUUGAUUACCGUGGGACAGUCAACGUGAAGGGCAAAGGCCAAAUGAAGACUUUCCUCUAUCCCAAAUGCAUGGACAGUGGGGUGGUACCCCACCAUCAGUUGUCUAUCUCUCCGGACAUUCGGGUUCAAGUAGAUGGCAGCAUCGGGCGAUCUCCAACUGAUGAGAUCACCAACUUGGUGCCUUCUGUACAGAACUUGGAUAAGAUGCCCCCCGACCUGGAGCUCAAAGAUUUGCUUCCCCGCUUCAAGAAGUUUCCCAAAGAAUUGGUUAAAUUAGACAGUCGCCCUCAGUUCGGUGCAGCUGGUGAGAAGGGUGACUGUGAGGAGGCCAGGCCGGAGGAAGCCAACGAACUAACCAAACUGAACAGCUCCCGGAGUGUGUGAUGCCCAUCGAUUCUUCUCUGUGAGAAAUCUGAGCUCUCUCCAACCGGCCUUUUCUCUUGCACAGAGGGGAUGACAGGAAGCGGCACAGCCUGGCUCAGUUGUUACCCCUCUUCCUUUGGGCACCUGAAUUGGAGAGAAUCAUAGCCAUGCCAGGCUCUGGCCCUUUUCACCCCCCUUGAAAUGUUUGUUUUUUCCCCUGAGAGGAGACAUCAAGUGCCUUCGGAGAGACUGCUGGGCUCCUCUCUGCACGGAGGAGGAGCAGUAUAGAUUGGGGAUCGGAACACGUUCAAAGGACAAGCUGUGGUUACUUCAUUUUUAUUUCUCAUCAACAUCUUCCUUUGCACCUCCAAGCAGAGUGAAUAAGUAGGUGUGUGAGUGUCAUUAGCGCUCACAUUUUAUAUGUAAACACAGAUAAUUGCAUGUUUGUCUACCUUCUGUGAUCGACACUAAGAGCUGGUCAAGGGAGAUACCGGGGGCCAGAAGGAAUGGUCAUCUUGGAACAGGGAGGAACAAGAAGAUUUCAUUUGGAGUUCAGCACUUACUAAAGAAGCAGCUGUUGAGCUUGCUGUUUGCCAAAAUCAGAUUAAAGUGCCAUUGUGCUUUCUGAAACACUGCACUUGCCAUUUCCCAGCAGAUCAGAAGGGUGCGGGUAGUGUACAGCCCGUCUUUGCCCAGUCGGUUGGAUGUGCUGGUGCCACCAAUCUUGGCUCUGCUGGUUCCUCAUUUUACCAUUGCCAAUAUAGGGGGCAGGUAAUGACUUGGGCCUACCCCACUUUAUUUUUUGCUUUGGGGGCCCUGCUGGCAUAAUCCCAUGUCAGCUUGCUUGUCUACAUGCAGGAGCCAGACUGUCCCUUAGCAGAAUUGGCCCCAAAGAAAAUGAUGAUACAUCCAAUGGGAUCUGGAUUAAUUCAUGCAGUAUUUGAGUCAUGGCUCUUGUUCUUUGUCCCAAAGAUG